CUCUGCCUUAUCGGCUCAAGCUCCAGCGAAUUUCACGGGCCAUCAACCGCGGCUCCACCGGAUCGCGACAUCCCAACAUCAUCCGCCCGCGAUCGCUCCCCUUGUUUUCCAUCGACCGCAACCGCAACGCCGCGAAAUCCAUCAAAACAACCACAUCGCUCACGUCUCCUGAACGCGCGCUUUCUCCAGACUCCCUUUUCGACGCUCUACCUCGUCUGCUGCCCCCCUCACGGCUGCCGCUGUUUUUCCGGCCCGCUCCACCAAUCCUAGGCGGGCAGGCAUCGCGCCAGACGCCGUGGUGCUGCGACGCUCUCCGCGACCGAGAUGGGCGUCAUCCGCAAGAAGACGGCGACUAGGGGAGGCGAAGGCGGUGUCAAGUACGUAUGCGACGUCUGCUCGUGCGACAUUACAUCGACGGUCCGCAUUCGAUGCGCCGACCCUGCAUGCUCCGACUUCGACCUCUGCGUGCCGUGCUUCGGCAAGGGCGAGUCUCGCAACGCCCACGAUCCCGCAACGCACUCCUUCCGGGUCAUCGAGCAGAAUUCGUUUCCCAUCUUUGACCGCGAAUGGGGCGCCGACGAGGAGCUGCUGCUGCUGGAGGGCGCGGAGAUAUACGGCCUGGGCUCGUGGGCGGACAUUGCCGACCACAUCGGAGGCUUCCGCGAGAAGGACGAGGUGCGCGACCACUACCUCAAGACAUAUAUCGAGUCGCCCAACUUUCCGCUGCCCGAGCGAUGCAGCCCCCAUAACAACGAGCUCGCCAACGAAAUUCCGCGGGAAGAGUUCCAGGCUCGCAAGAAGCGGCGAAUCGAAGAGCGGAGAGAGGCAUCCAAAAAUGCGCCCGCCCUGCAGCCCAAGACCAAGCCAACGGCUAGUGUGCCUAGCUGCCACGAGAUUCAGGGCUACAUGCCUGGUCGUCUUGAGUUUGAGACGGAGUAUGCCAACGAGGCUGAAGAGGCGGUGCAGCUCAUGCAGUUUGAUCCUGGCGACGGACUGAACCCCAGAACGGGGGAGCUCGAGCCCGAGAUGGAACUGAAACUGACAGUCAUGGAAAUCUACAACUGCAGGCUGACGCAGCGUGUAGAGCGUAAAAAGGUCAUCUUUGAGCACAAUCUACUGGAUUAUCGGGAAAACACAAAGCAAGAGAAGAGAAAGACCAAGGAAGAGAGAGACUUGCUCCAGAGGGCGAAGCCGUUUGCUCGCAUCAUGAAUCACAAAGAUUUCGAAGACUUCACCCAGGGCUUACAAGAUGAGCUGAACCUCAGACAGGCCAUCGCUCAGCUGCAAGAAUGGCGCAGCAUGAAGAUUGGAGACCUCCGAAGCGGAGAAAAGUACGAAGCGGAGAAGGCGGCCCGGAUACAGAAGGCUAUACCCAUGGGAUCUAUGGACAGGGAGCGACUGGCAAGCAGCCAGCGCUCAAAGGCGCAACCUCCCCCGGAGCCUCCAAGUGGAGCAUCUCUUCUCGUCGCCCCUGAGCUGCCCAUCCGCCCGGCUCAGGCCAAUGGAGAGACCAACGGAGAAGACGCCAAGGCGUUGACAAAUGGCCAAGCCAACGGGGUGAAUGGCGUCAACGGGAUCAACGGCCACAGUCCAGCCAAACAAAAGUACGUUCCACAGCCCAUCUCGGGUGUGCCGCCAUUGCAGUUGACGCAGGAGAACGCGCCCGACUACCACCUCCUUACACCGGAGGAGGCGAAGCUGUGCGAGGUGGUGCGGCUGCAGCCCAAGCCGUACCUGAUGAUCAAGGAGCAGAUCAUCAAAGAGGCCAUCAAGGGCAACGGAACACUCAAGAAGAAGCAGGCCAAGGAGAUAUGCCGUCUGGACUCUCAAAAGGGGGCCAGACUGUUUGACUUUUUCAGCAACGCAGGGUGGGUUGGCAAGGCAUGAACUGGAUU